GGACGUCCUGUUCUACGUCUAUAUAGGUUGGCAACUAACGUUAGCGGCAGCUUCUUUCUUCGAAAAGACCACGAAAAAAAAUACAAGUUUAUUCCUAAAAAAUCGUUAUGCAGAAUCACUGCGUCGUGCUGAACUGCCCCAGCGGCAUAUCGGACUUUCAGGCGCUCUUCCGGUUUCCACGAGAUCCAAACAGAUCACAGAAGUGGGUCGAACUGUGCCAGAGGAAUGACCUCAAAGACAAACCAGCAGAGCAGCUGUACAGAUACUACAGACUGUGUGGAAAACACUUUGAAGCAUCUGCGUUUGAUAGUGACGCUCCGGGUUCUAUGUUGAAAGCUGAUGCCAUCCCAUCUGUGUUUGAUGUUCCAGUCCAGCCUCAGACCGGUCAGGUGAAGCUUGGUAAAGAGACGAAAAAAGACGAAGAAACAGAAAGAAGGGGGAGGAAAAAAAUGAAAAAAGCUCCAGCGGAGCCCGUUACGGAAACUGUCCAGACUGUACCAGAAGAAGAUGAAGAGAAAACGUACCUGAAGAUUUUAUUCGAGGUUCUCCUGCUGCUCGGAGAGCAAAGUAUUCCGCCUUUUGUACCUUCUACUGGGAAAAAUGAAGCCUUUAACUCGUGCAACUUCCAGGCAUUGCUGGAAUAUCGCCUGAACUGUGGAGAUAAAGUCCUAAAGAAGAGGUUUGAUCAAUCAAAGCAGAGCUGCUUUUUCAAAGAGCUCGACCCGUUGAUUGCGGUCUGUGAGCAAUAUGUGCGCAGUAAGGUGGUCGAGGGAGUCAAACAAAAUGGCUUUUUCUCACUGCUCACUGAUGAGCCGGUGAAGAUCUUAGGAGAAUGGUGCCUCCCGGUGUUUCUUCGUUACGUGGACCAGUCUAAAAGCAGACAGGAGAGGUUUGCAGGGUUCUUGACCUUUGAAGAAAAUGCAGAUGACCUGCUAGAGAAACUGGUGUCUGAAAUUACCGACAGAUGGGGUUUAGAUAUGAGCCAGUGUAGAGGCCAAGCCCACUCCUGCUCUGGCACACACUAUAGAAAAAUUAAAACUUUUGCUUCCAAAUUGGUUGAGAAGUACCCAAAGGCUGUACUUACAUUUAGAUCUACUAAUCCUUUGAACUUGUCUCUGGCCAACAGUAUGGGUUUGUCAGGUGUUCAGCUAGUCCUGUCCACCUUUAAGAAGAUCGAAUCGUUUUUCUCUCAAUCACCUUUACUGCAGGUUGAAUUUGAGCAUGCAAUUUCCAUCUUCUACCCAGACAAAGAGGACAAAGCUGAGGAGCUUAAAAAGAUCUGCCGAGCCAGCUGGACCAGACGGAAUGAUGGGUUUGAGGUGGCACUGGAGGUCAUAGAAGCACUGCUGCUCUGUGUGGACAGCGUCCAUGAUAAUGAGGACAUGAGGUGGAAUGACCAAAUCACACACUAUGCUUUAGAGAUCUCCAAAGCAUUAACUGAUUUUGAGUUUAUCAUGGCGUUAAUCGUGCUAAAGAACAUUAUGGCCCUCAUCCAAGCAUUUGGGAAAAACCUCCAAGGGAAAGCAGCAGAUGUCCAUUCUGCUGCAGCUAGUUUGCCCGCCGUGCUGCACUCCUUGAAGGAAAUCUCGGACAACAUUGACGUCUAUCACGACUUUUUUUACGACGAAGCCAUUAACCUAGCUGCAGCCAUGGAGAUCCCUGUCAAGGUGCCCCGGUUGUUCUUAAGGAAGCAUCAAGGAGAACCAGGAACCAUUCAGGCAGAUGGUUACUACAAGGAGCACCUGACGGUUCCUGCAGUGAAACAUGUCAUCAGCGAAAUGAAUGACCUCUUCUCUCAGAACCACAGCAAGGCUUUGGGGUGUAUGUCUCUGAUCCCAGAUAUCAUAGAGGGAAACAAGUCUGCCCAGCCAGACGAGGAGAACCUUCAGGUGUUCAAUGAUGACAUCCCAAAUGCAGGAAGCCUCUCUGCCGAGCUGCACUGCUGGUGGGUUAAAUGGAGCAAAAAAAGCAAAGGCGAGACAUUUCCCUCCAGCCUCCAUGAUACACUGCAGCUGGCCGAUGUCAAGUUCUUCCCCAACGUGUUGGCGGUUCUGAGGCUCACCAGCAUUCUCCCUACGUUGGCUCUGGAGGACAGCACCGAUGUGGCGUUCAGGCGUUUCCGGAUGUACACAAAGAAUAGGCCUGACAAUGUCAAAUCAAAAAGCCUUGCUCUUUUGAACAUUAACUACGAUGUUGGGUUUGAUCUGGAUUCAAUGGUGGAGAUCUACCAGAAGACGUACCCUGAAAAGCAGGGUGUGUCGUGAGCUUCCAGACAAAUUGAAUUCCUCAUUAUCUGCCCCUGAAAUGAAAAAGAGAGGUUUUGUACUGUUUUAUUUUUAGGAUAAAAUGUAGGAAUGAGAAAGCUAGAAAUGCUUAGAAUAAAUUGAAGACCUUUUAAAAUAAAGGUUCCCACAUCAUUGGGGAGAUCUUUACAGUGCAGUUUCUUUUUCUUCCUCUGCAAUUAGUCAGUUCUGUAGUGAAAUGUUCAUUUGUUCUGUUGUUCUGAUGUUUUGACAGUUUCAUUUGGAUUUUGUCUUGAAUUUGCAAUUAAAUGAAGUGAUUUCGGUA